GCCGUAGGUGCGCAAUGUUUGGCGCAUGUUAGCAAAAUAUGUUUGAAUCUUUGAAUGAACGAUUCAUUUGUGCGUUGUGCGCAAAGGGCGUGUGUGGGGUCUUAUUGAUUUUUGUUUCAUCAAGCUACGAUGAAUACCCAUUUUGCAUUUAUUUUUGUGAUCUGCCUUCAUUCAUGUGCGGCCAUCCGGUGCUACCAGUGUGCCACCAGUGAGGAUGGCGAAAAUGAGGACAACUGUGGCGCCUACUCCGGCUUUGAUGACACAAAGCAUGUUGGGGUGGAGUGCAACAGUGAGGAGGCAAACACGCCCGGCACGUUCUGCGCCAAGAUUACUGCCCAGGGACCCAUCGGCUUCAUCUGGGACGGCCGCUGGAGACAGGUCAUCAGGCGCUGUGCCGCUGUCACCAAGGCUGGUGUGAAUGAUGCCUGCAACUGGAAGGUACAACUGAAUGGUGAAUACAUUGAGGAAUGCUAUUGCUCCAAGGACAACUGCAAUUCCGCGCCAGUCGCAGCAGCCUCCUGCCUUCUGCUGCUGCUGGCGGGACAGGCUUUGGGAGUGUAUGCGGCUGUGUGAGAGAUAUUGGUGGUCUGAGGGGGGCAAUGCGCACAGAAGAAUUCUGGUAGAUGUCUGAGAAUUUCUGGGAGUCAUUUGAGGAUCACUGAUCGAGGUUUGAAGAAUGAACUAGAGCGUUUUAGCGACUGCCAAAAGGGUCCGAGAGGUGCCGUACGAUAGGCGUUUUUCAGAGAAGUCUGAUUAACAAAGGGUCUGGGGGCAGUCUUAUACAAAAGGAGCAGUCAUCCAAAACUUUGUCGCUGGUUGACUUUCGAUAGUCACGCCUGCUAUUUCAACAACGUAUGAAUGAAGCAGCCGAAAGUUUGUUUGACGAUGCAUCUGCCGUGACCUCGAUUCCGUCCAUGGUGAUGAAAGCGAAGCAUUUAUUGAGAGGCCGAUUUGUUGUUUCAUGCAUUGAAGUCAACAUGUAACGAAUCUCCGAACAGUGUUAAAACGACUUCGUCGGCGAUAUGAUCUAAGCGUGCUUUUAGGCACUCGAUUGUCUACUUUUGUAAGGUAUUUGCUGCAGCUAAUAUGAAUGUGAUCGUCAACAGUUAUGUUUUGACAUUCCAAAGUAGGAAUGCCGAGGAAUUCCAACGUAACCCAAUCCAUCCAUUAAUGUGCGUACUUUGCUGGUGUGUGGUUUUACCAGACUCUGCCUUCGCACCAUCGCUCUGUCAUCUGUGUGCGCAUCGCGAGUGAAUAUUUUCUCAUUUACCCAUCGGCAAAGUUUAUGUCCGUCCAGAGCGUUGUCACUCGCAGUGAUUUGAUGGUAUGGUAGAUGCGAGCGUAUGUACGGGCUUUGCUGUCAAUUGUGCUGUAAAUAGGACAGCGAGCUGGGAUUUUUACAUUUGUAGCAGACGUGUGUUUCAUCAGUGCUGUAUUCGUGAUCACAAAGAAAGUAGAUUUAGAUGCACUUUUUCGCGUGGCGUUUGCACAUUUGUUAUAGUGAAAUAUAGUGAAAGGCUUCUCGUAGGUAUCUUUCAAUUAAAAUAUUUGGCGCAUUGACCUCUCAUUUUGUGUAUAUUUUCGUUUUGCGACUGGCUAACAUCUCCACCAUAUCUGAAAGCCUAUUUAUUCCAAAAGGUGAAAGGUCAUCACACAACGUAUUUUACCUAGAGAUCUUGCGUGUACUUGCAACGCUUGCGUCUAUGCUCUUCAGGAUUAGUAAACCUUUGCUAUGUCUUGGGUACCGAUUUGCAAUAAAUCGUGAUCGUCACACUUG